AUGGCGCGGAAGAAGGAAUACAGCGGAAUGGCCGCUGAUGCAAAUAGUACUACUAGUAGCGGUGGGAAACGCACGUCGAAAAAUGAUAUGUCGAAUGAUGCACAAUGUGAAAUGGACUUAGAUCGACUUAAUCCAAUUUCGAAACGGAAAGAGGUUGUAUAUCCGGGAACAAGCGUACGGAAUGUUUACGAUGUUGCUGACUUGCGUGCACAACUCGGAUCUUUUGGUUUAACUGUUCGAGAUAUUCCAGGAGAUGGAAACUGUCUUUUCAGGGCUUUGGGCGAUCAACUGGACGGUCACACAGGGAAUCACCUGAAGCAUCGACUCGAUACGGUCCGAUAUAUGAUAAACCAUCGUGGUCAUUUUGAACCGUUCAUCGAUGUACCUUUCGAUCGUUAUGUAAAUGAUUUGAGUCGUCCCGGUACUUAUGCUGGCCAGGAUGCACUUGUGGCGUUUGCGCGUUUACAUGAAGUAAACAUCAUCAUACAUCAGCUGAAUAGACCGUUAUGGAAAAUUCAAGGUUCUGAAGAUAGUAAUGCUCCUGAGCUUCAUCUUUCGUAUCAUAAUGGUGAGCAUUAUUCGAGUGUUCGUCGUUUCGGUGAUAUCGCAAAUACACCCGCUGGAAUACGCAUUAUGGCUCCAACUACUGUUCCAUGUUGUGCAUCGCACAGCGUAUACACAUCUACGAAACCUCUCACCUCUCAUGCAAAUUCUGCUAAUUUGCAGCAGUCUGCAGCAAAUUUACAUAAACAUAAUACAAAUGCUUCAAAUGAAGGAGCCGUUAAUACAUACUUUUAUGAGAAAGACGAAUUCACUACCUUAGUUCAUGAAGUGAUGAAUCGUACUGGGUGCUGUGAUGCUUUGGCUACAGAGGCACUGAUAGAAAAUUCGGGAGAUUUGGAUCAAGCUGUUGAUUACCUGCUCUCACUUGCAUUAUUCGUUACCCCUGAUGGUGAUAGCAAUCUUUCCAAAUCGAUGAACCGAAGUGAUAUGGAAAAGACAGAACAUAGAAUAUUGAAAGGCCGAAAUAAUGAUGUUAGCAGGCAUCGUACUUUACCAGCUUGUCCAACUCGUGCCGAUUUUGAGCUGACAGCUUCUGAGCAACAGGAAAAACGGGGACGGAAACAAGGUGGUAACAUGUCGGAAGAGCAAUUAAAUAAGCAAGGCGAUCUUCGUUUCUUGACACUAUAA